AAAAAAAAUAGAUUCUGUCUUUCUUGUGUUACAAAAAAAAAAGAUUCUGUCUUUCUUAGGUGUCGAAUCAAAACAGAGUGUGUAAGAAAACAGAGUUCUUUUCCAAAAUAAUUUUCUUACAAAGAAACAAAAGUGUUGACCUUCUUCGGAUUCAUCAUUCCAUCUACGCUCUCUCCGUUGACCUGUUUCGUUCAUCUGUAGAAAGUUAUUUCAAUCAAGAAACAGGAAACUAUCGUCUAGACGAUGAUGAUGGUGUCUGAUGGAGAAUUGGGAGUAUAUGUGGUGGAGAGCAAAGGAGGAGCAAUAGCAUGCAUCACCCUUUCUCUGCUCUGCUUAGGCACUUGGCCUGCUCUGUUGGCUCUUCUUGAACGACGUGGCCGUCUCCCACAACACACUUAUCUCGAUUAUUCCAUCACUAACUUCUUAGCUGCAAUCUUCAUUGCCUUUGUGUUUGGUCAAAUAGGUGAAAGUUCACCAGUAGAGGCACCAAGUUUCAUUACCCAACUCACUCAGAUUCAGGAUAACUGGCCUUCGGUGUUGUUUGCAUUGGCGGGUGGGGUGGGUUUAAGUUUAGGGAACCUAGCUACUCAGUAUGCUUUAGCUUUUGUUGGUCUGUCUGUUACAGAAGUGACAACCGCGAGCAUCACUGUUGUUAUAGGAACAAGUGUCAAUUACUUUCUGGACAACAAAUUAAACCGAGCAGAUGUUCUUUUCUCCGGUGUUGGAUGCUUCUUGGUAGCUGUUUUUCUUGGCUCUGCUGUUCACUCCUCAAACUCUGCUGACGUGGAAGCCAAACUUGGAAACUUCUCAGGGGAUUGUAAAACUGUGAGCCAAGAAGAGUGUCAGAGACUAUUUGGAGGAGGUGAAGAAGAGGAGGUGGAGAGUGUAAAGGAAGGAUCCGCAGCUUUUCUUAUUGCACUAGAAAACAAAAGAGCAAUCAAAGUGCUUGGAAAGAGUAUGCUUGUUGGUCUAGCAAUAACCUUCUUCGCAGGCCUUUGUUUCUCACUCUUCUCACCACUCUUCAACCUUGCAACUAACGAUCAAUGGCACGCUCUAAAGCCAGGCGUUCCCAAGCUCAUUGUCUACACCGCUUUCUUCUACUUCUCACUGUCCUGCUUCUUAAUCGCCGUCGCUCUCAACGUGACUUUCUUGUACAAACCAGUCCUCGGCUCACCGAGAUCUUCUUUUAAGGGCUACCUAAAUGACUGGAACGGAAGAGGUUGGGCUCUUUUGGCUGGAUUGGUUUGUGGGUUUGGUAACGGUCUUCAGUUCAUGGGUGGACAAGCUGCAGGGUAUGCAGCCGCAGAUGCUGUUCAGGCACUUCCUUUGGUGUCGACGUUUUGGGGGAUAUAUCUGUUUGGAGAGUACAGGAGAUCGUCUCCGAGAACAUACGCUUUGCUUGUUGGAAUGCUGGUCAUGUUCGCUGUAGCUGUAGGGCUUCUCAUGGCCUCGGCAGGAGAAAGAGGAGAGACGCUGUAAUUUUAAAAGAGUUUCUUUGGUGUGAUCAAAUAAGAGUGUGACAAAACCAAAACGCUAGAAGGAGGGGUCGAACCUCCGACCUUGUGGUUAACAGCCACACGCUCUAACCAACUGAGCUAUUCCAGCUUUUGCUUAUAGUUCGAUUUUAAAAGUAUAUAGACAAGACUACAAAUUCUACCACUAUAAACCAGCGAUCAUGAUUCAUCAUUUACCCAAACUCAAUCCACCGAUCCGAUUAUCUUUGUAUGCACCCCAUAUUCCCACUCAUGACUCAUGUCUCUAUUCUUGAAACUUAUUGCAGAAGGUAUAACUAGUAUAACAGAUUCUAUGAUGUAACAUGUUCAUAAUGGAAUGAAUACCUACUAAGCUCUACUUGUACUUAACA